AUUGGCAAAAUCAGGUUGGCAGAUUGGCAGUCAACUCGUAUAAAAUCUGCCCACUAAUAAGUCUGUUUGGCGCGUCUUUCUUUUAUCCGGCAUCCGGUCCGGUCACGAAAACAAACAUGUCUUACCCGAUCACCAGUCACCUGAGUCGAGUUCAAAUCGAUGCUCAAAGUAGCAUUACAUGGUGACAGCGGGUGGUAAAGUAUCAUUAUUAACGGUAAGCAUUGAACUAGUUUAUUAUAAAGUAAAUAGAUCUAGAAUCUAGAUCUAGAUCUAGACCGGAGCCUCGAUACAAUGCACAAUGGCACAGGCACAACACACGUAUCGAAAGGCAAAGUAAGGCACCAGCCAUGUGCUUCCCCGGAUCUAAAGACAAACGCGAAGAAUUCAGCUUAGGCCCUAUGGCGACAACGCAUUAGAUUCUAACCUGUAUUCGGAAACAACGGGUCUAAAAGACAAUGCACUGGUCCCAUAUAUCCUCGAAGCACUAGAUCUAGAAAUCUAGAUCUAGAUAAUGAAGGCCUGAAAAUGUACAACGCCAUUAGCUCCUCAUUCACUCAACAACAGAAAGAGAGCCCAGACGCGAUACUCAACGCAUUCGCAGAAAGGUUACACAGGUAACCUCAACAAAUUUCAGAAUCACCAGACUAGAUCUAGAAUCUACAUCUAGACUAUCCACACUUGAAAUGUGUUGAAAAGAAGGGAAGGAAGGAUACUGAGAGGAAGGAGACAAGGAGGAAAAAGAAAGUGAACGAGAGCGAAACUUAUAGUGAGAGAGGGUGUUCACAGUUGCACCUGUAAGAGUAAGAGCACAUUGUCUGUUUAUCAUGUAUCACAGUAAAGUAUGAUUCUGUGACACUUGUGCAUAAUUGUUACAAUGUAGCUGUUCUGGUACAUGUAUAGUCACCAAAAAUGUCCUUUGUGGAUGAAUAGAGUUUGUUUUAUCUGAUCUUACCUUAAGGUGAAAGACAAGUAUCCUGUCACCCAAAGUCCAAGACCAUCCUCACGACGGAGGAAGAAAACAAGUUGGAGGAGUGGCUGACAGUUUCAGCUAGGCGUGGCGUGGGGAGGAUCAUUGCGGAUCUCAGCCUUGUUGUGCAGAGAAUCCUCAACAGUGAGAGCAGAACAACAUUAUUCAAAGACAACCUGCCGGGGAGAAGCGGGGUGCGCGCUUUCUUCGAGCGCCAUCCGAAGCUCCGACAGAAAAAAGCCAUGGUUCUUGGCGACCACAGGGCGAGGGUGACGCAGGAAAAGAUCCGGGCAUGGUUCGAGGAGGUGGAGAGGAAUCUGUCCGAAGAUGGGGUGGACAUCAAGACCAUCGACCCCCGGUGCGUCUUCAACGCCGACGAGACUGGCUUCCCCCUCCACUCCUCUUGGCAGGUCAUUGUGACAGACGAGGGCAACCAUCACCCUUACCUCAUUGGCAGUGACAACAAGCGGCAGAUCACUGUCCUCAGCUGUGCCUCUGCCAGUGGUCGCCUCUUGGCCCCCACAGUCAUCUUUCCCGGUCAGCGCUGGACCUUCAAGCCCUGGGAAGAUUUCCCGGAGGCUUCAAGCGUCCAGACAUCCAACGGCUGGAUUAACACCACGGUGUUCCGGACGUGGCUGGCGGAAACCUUCAUACCAGCUGUGGCUGACCUUCCUCGGCCCAUCGUUCUUUUCUGUGACGGGCACACCAGCCUGGAGGUUCACGACCUGUGCAAGGAGCAUGGUAUUGUCUACUACCUGCUCCCUGCACAUGCGUCACACCUCGUUCAGCCCCUGGACCUGCUCUUUUAUGGAGUCCUGAAGGAGGAGUGGAGAAAGGGGCUGCACGACCACAGGAACAUCGCCCGAGUGGGAGGAAUCUACCCGAGGACCUUUAUGUCCGUGUUCAAGGACGUUUGGACACGGGCAUAUGGGGAAGGCAGAGAGGCAGUGCUGGUGAAGGCAUUCAGGAAAAGUGGGCUGUCUCCAUGGGACCCGAAUGCCCCUGACUUUUCGAAGUGUGAGAUCAGCAAGGUCUACGAGAAGCCAGCAGCCCCUGUCUCCACAAGUUGUGAUGAGGUUCCUCCAUCUGUUACUGCUGUGUGUGCUGAUGAUGCUGUGUGUGAAGAUCAGGGUUGGGUUGAUUUAAAUCAGAUUGAACCCGAGGACUUCAUGGACAAUAUAGCAGAGUUUCAGCUACCUAUGGUCUCAACACCAGCUCAGGGUCCUGUGGACGAUCAGGACCAUGACUAUUGUCGUCCUGAGCAGGCUACAAAGGAUAGUGAUUGGGUACCUGCACAAUUCUACAUCGUUGAUGACGACCGUGCGGCAAUAGCAGGUCUCAAACUUUGCAAGCAAUUGAAGAUUGUGAGCAUCAACAACAUCACUGUAGCACCACCCAUCAACAAAGACAACAGUGACCUCAAGCAAGCGUUCCCAGAUCAGUUUGAUCGCAUCGGAAAAUUACAAGGAAAAGCAAAGCUUUAUUUGAAGGAUGAUACAGAACCCAAGAUUGAUGCUCCACGGAAAUACUCCAUACACACAAAAGAAAAACUCAAGCAAGAGUUGGAUAGAAUGGAAGCCCAAGGAAUCAUAAGGAAAGCCACGGAACACUCUGACUGGUGCAGCAGCAUCACCACAGUCAAAAAAACAAACGGAUACAUACGAGUCUGUCUAGUUCCAAAACAUCUUAACAACCUCAAACGCUGUCCUCACAAGACAAACACAUUGGAAGAAAUAACCCACAACUUUCAUAGAUCUCAAUUCUCCUCUAAGCCGGAUGCUAUGAAGGGAUUUUGGAGUGUAGAGCUUGAUGAAGAUAGUCAACUCUUGACAACAUUCCGUACGCCCAUAGGAAGGUAUUGUUAUCAAAGACUACCCUUUGGACUCAACGUCAGCCAAGACAUCUUUGAGCAGAAGAUCGACCAGAUCAUUGAGAACUGCCCUGGAACAGUCAGUAUCCAUGACGAUAUCGUAGUCUAUGGCAAAACAGAAAAGGAACACGAUUACAACCUCAUAUAG